AAAGGAUUUUUACUUUGUCAUAUUUGAGGACAGCAGCGUCUUGCGAAUCGGACAUUUUGUGCACCCCCAUUUUGGUUUACAGUUCUGCAAAACAGCUUGGAUUUCAACCCAAAGGGAAACGAUUGGCACGAUACACGCCACCAAAAAUCAUGGCAUGGCCCUGUAUCUCCAGAGCCUGCUGUAUGGCUCGGUUUUGGAACCAGAUGGACAAGGCCGACUUUGCGGUGCCUUUGGUUUUUACCAAGUACUCGGACGUGUCCGAAAUGCAGCAUCUUCACCUGCAGCAGCCCGCGCAAAAGCAGGUCGCCAUAGAAACGCAGCCGCUUCAACACGAUCACGACGCGGUGAUCAAAGCACCUCCGGCCAAGGAGGAGAUCGUCUCUGGAUCUGUGAUGCGCCAGGACUUCAAACACUGGAAAGUUCGUCCCGAGCCGAGCUGCAAGCCCAGGAACGAGUACCAAUGUCCAGAGGUCCCUUUUAACAACGAGACCCAGUAUCAAAAGGACUUCAAACCCUGGCCUAUCCCUAAAAAGGGAGACCACCCAUGGAUUCCCAAACCCAGUCCGACCAUCUCCAUGCGCAAUGACCGAACCCCUGACAGAUCCAAAUACACCAAUGUGGAAAUGGACAGUGGGGUGGAAAAAAGUGAGAUUGCAGACAAAGUGCAGGAGAAGGAGAUCCUGUCUAGUGGAAGAAAAAAGAAGCAGAAUAAGAAAGUCACGGUGGUUUCUGAAAACAAACCUGGGGUGAAGUUGGAAGGGGAAGCCACCACUACAGAGGGGAAAGGGAGGGCAGCAGUGGAUGCCCUUAAUCGACAGAUCAAACAGGAAGUUACGUCCGGAAGCUCCUACAGGACUGAGUUUCAAGCCUACACAGAUGUGAAGCCCGUGAAGCUUGUCAGGGCCAAGUCCCAGUAUCUGCCUCCCGAUAGGAAGACUAAUCUGGAAACCAGCUACAGCUCCACCUACAGGGGAUACCAGUCCAAACCGGAGCCCGAUGACAACAAGGCCGUGGACCGAAGAAGGAUACGUUCACUGUACCAUGAACCUUACAGAGAGUCCAGUAAGGUGGAGAGAACUCCAAGUCUUCCUCGCUCCAAACCCAAAAAGAGCACUUCCACAUCGGCCAAGCCUGGCAAACCGCUGAAGAAGUCCAAGGAGAAGCAGGCAACGUCAGUGCGCGGUUCGAAGAAGAAGACUUCCGAGAACCAGCCGGAGAGCAGACCGACGCAGGGCGACAAGGAGAAAAGUAAAGAGACCAACAACAAACUGGCUGAGGCGAAAGACCACUCACUCAUUUUGAGCGAAGAUGUUUUUUAAGGGAUGGAUUUGAUGUUUUUUCUUCUCUUUUUGCCUCGCGUCGAGUCCGUUCGCGCCAGUUAUAUCAAAGCGUUUGCAUUUACUAUGGCUCCACCUACUCUCCUCAUCUCCACGGCAAGGUUUCCAUGGCAACCACUUCAGUGGAUGCUCUCAUCUUGCAUGGAGCCAUUGGCUAGUGGCUCUGUAUGUUUCACCCAUCAUCAGAUGCACAGACUGGUGCUUUUCAUUUAUCAAGGGUUUUUUUUAUUAAACCUGAAUCAUCUAAUCAAAUAAAUCUUUUAAUGUCAUGUUCAUGUAAAUUAGGCAAUGCAUAUUGUCUGAUAUAGGUCAAAAAGGGAAUUUCCAAGACAAAACUCUUUGAUAAAUGUGCAGCUUAUGAUAAUGUAUUUUUUUUUUUGCUUUGCUUGAUUCAUGUUGUCAUUUUAUUGAUCAAACAGCCCAAAAGUGAUAUGUUAUGAUCUUAGAUCACACUGUUGCUGUGUAGAUCUUAUUUGGUUUGUUUUUGCUCAUUUUUGAGAACCAUUUAAUAUCAUUAAAAUGAUGAGAAAUCAUUAUAGAAACAUAAUAUCUCCCGAAAGACAUUGUUGAAGUUCAUACAAUAAUUUGCCUAGCUGGAUUACUGUAACAGUAUCACAUUAUGGGAAACAUUAUAUAUUGUCUUCAGAUAGAAUAGGAUUUAAAUGUUCACUGUGAUGCACAAGCAAACCUGUAGAAAAUGUUAUAACUACACUAUAAACUAAAUGUUGUUUUUGUAAAUUUGGUAUGGUUUUAAGGUUUCAGUGGGCUUUACUCCCAACACACAUCACAAGAAGAGCUACCAAAUUUAUCAUGUUUCACCCACAUACACAGUGAAAUGCACCAUCCCCCCUAAAGGAGGUCCCUAAGGUACACAGAUGGAGGAUCCCAAAAGUGCAUAGAGAACUCAAAAGGUCAAUAGAUUAGACAGCAUUAAAAUCAAGGGCCUUGAAUGCACACGCAAUGUAUGAAUUAUUUAUGACUUUCCCUUGAGUGUCUCUUGCUUUGUUUUGCUUCUGCAUCCCGUCUGUUGUCCAAUAACUGCUAUGAACUGUAUUCCUGACUAAUUGCUUUAUUUAUUAUCAUGUGUUCCUUGAUGGUCUGGUAAGUCGAAUGCAGUCUUGUUUGUUUAUCCUGUUUGCGUUCAUCUGCUGCAUGAUUUCAUCAUCUUUAUGAAUAUUUAAAGAUUCGUCCCAUAAGGCCUUCUUCCAAAACACAUUUAUUUUAUUUCUUCUGACUUCAAAUUUAAGUGUAAGUUGACUAAGAAUACUGAUAUAUGUAGAUGCAUAUAUUGGCCUUUACAAAUACAUGUUUUGGAUAUAGCCUGAUCAGGCCUGUUGUAAUGACACAUAAUCAUUGCUUCAUUUAUCAUGCAUGUGACAUGAUGCAGAUUUUAUGGACGAUCUUAAGAUGUUGGUAGUUCACAGGACUAAAUGGCAUCUUAGUAUCUUAACGUCUUCAUCUGCUGGCAUUACUGGAGUUUAGUGUGUAUAAUCAUGCUUUGUGUUGUUUUUAUCAUGGACCACCCCUCUACAAGUCCUCUCUCUGUCUCUGGUCUCAUUUGUUGCGGUCUUCUCCAUUUUCAGUACAGUAUGUGAGAAGUAUGUGAUCUCAUUGUGCUGUUGUUUGCACGAUCAGUGCACAGUACGCUGUGAUCCAGAGCCAGAUUGAAUAUAUGGACAGAUUUUAAAUGUAUUCUCAAAGGACUCAUUGUGCAAAAGUAGAUUUUUAUUAUUAUUUAAUAUUUUAAUUUGUGUUUUGUCACGUUUAAAAAAAUGCUGACUCAGACAUUGAACCCCACUGUAUUUAAAUGUCAGUCAUAAAUCAAAUACAUCAAAAGCAAACAAUAAUAUAUAUAUAUAUAUAUAUAUAUAUAUAUAUAUAUAUAUAUAUAUACACACAUAAAUACACACACACUAUCGGUCAAAAGUUUUGAAACACUUAUUCUUUAUAUCUACAUUAGAAUAAUAAUAAACUCAUAUAAACUAUGGCAUAACACAAAUGUAACUGAGAAUUUUGUUGUGACUAAAAGCAUUCAAAAUAAAUUCAAAACUCUUAUAUUUUAUUAUUUGAAGUGCAGUCAUCUUUGCCUAGAAAUUUCGAAACCACACUCGUGUCAUUUUAUCAAAGAAGCUUUUCGAAGUUUUACCUUAGGAUGAAUUUUAAGAAUAUUGAAGGAGUUCACAUUUAAUCUCGGCUCUUAUUGGUUGCUUUUUCUUCAAUAUUUAGUUUUAUGGGGCAUACACACCAAACGCGAGUUGAACGAUUUGCGCGAGUAGAUUACAUACAAAGUCAAUGCAAAGACGCGUAAUCGGGUGGUGCGACUGCUGCGAAAACACACACUAUUAACCUCAAAAUAUUCAACUCAAACGAAAAAUUAGCAUAACACAAAGUUAAAUCCAGCGAUUAAUCUAGAGCUAGCAACGCGAUGCAACGUGUUUGGUGUGUACGUACACCAUCCACGGCACAGGCGUCAAGCACGAGUGAUUUCAAUGUAAAGACGCAUUUAGUGCAAUGCAGUAUGUGCGAAUCCGCCUCAUUCGGAAAAUCACGCCUGAAAAUCAAGAGCUUGCUCUAGUAGUGAGGUGAUUUCAGGAAGCCGAGUCGCAGAAGCCCCUCCCAUGAAGCGAAUUUCCACGUGAAUUUCUUGAAUGACUAGAAUUUUACGCAAGUAAACUCUAUCUGUGGGUUCACACCAGACGUGUUUGAGGCAUCAAAUUUGCGUCUACCGCUUGCUUCCUGUAUUCACGUCAUUACUAGAGCAAGCUCCUGAUUGGUUAACGUGGGGCGUUUUUCCGCAAAAGUUCAAAUUUUUUAACUCAAUUUUUCAAGGCGUCUUUACAUUGACUUAAAAUUGAAAUCACUCACGCUUCACGCCUCUACAGCGUCUGGUGUGAACGCGGCAUAAAUGUUCAAGCAUCCAACAACGUGUGAAAAGCGCGUUUUUGCCGCCUCUACCGCGUUUGGUGUGAAUCCAGCAUAAGUCAUCUAUUUUUUUAACUUAAGGUAAUAACAGAAAUUAAUUUGUUUGACACAGGUAUAUCUUUGGCUACGAAAGUCAUUUCAAGUAUUUAACCAUACACUUUCAGAUUAAACGUUUUUUUUAAGAUCAUUGUUAACAUUUCAGUCAAGUGUUUCAAAACUUUUGACCGGUAGUGUAUAUAGGAGGUACACUCUCAGAAAAAAAGGUACAAAAGCUGUCACCUGCACGGCUUUAAAAAGGUGCUAAUAUGUACCAUUUAUGUAACUUUGAUCUACUAUGCACCCUUUAGUGUACUUUUUGAGAGGGUACCACCCCAGUAAGAUCUUUUGUACCCUUUUCUGGCAGUGUAUUAUAUAAAUGUGGCUUUAUGAAAAUAUAUAAUGCAUACAUACAACUUGCAAAAGUAAAAAAAGUGUUCCUGGGAGCUCAAUGUGUUAGCAGCACAGAGGUCAUCCCAGGGAACACACAUCUUGAUAAAGUAUAGCUUGAAUGCACUGCAAGUCGCUUUGGAUAAAAGCAUCUGCUAAUGCAUAAAUGUAAAAAAAACUUUAUUGUCUAAUGUAAUGUAAACACUGAUUUGAAUUGAAAUAAAUGUGGCAGUAUAGUUUAUCAGUCUGGCUUUCGAACAACUGCUGUGCUCUGAUGUCUACUGCAGAUGUCUAUACUGCACCACAGGGUGAGGGCCUUUUCUUGUAUUUUGCAGCCUUUGGUGACUAUGCUUAGUGUAACAUGGGGAUUAAAGGAAGAGGUCUGGGGAGACAGAGAUGGCUAGUGGGGUUGUACAUGUCUAGCGAAUGUGUGUGCGUGUGUGUUUGUGCUUAGCACAGGUGCUAUCUAUAGUCCAUGCAUUCUGAAUAGAGAGAAAAAUAUAAUGUCAUGUGAAGGGGCCUCAGAAUGAACUGUGAUGAUGUUAAUUGUGAUUUCUCUCUCUGCUUGCUCAUAUUUAUUGAAAUUAAUAAAUGCAAACGCAGAAAC